GGACGGUAUACUGUACAAAGGGACUUCCUGGAUCGCAGCACCAGGUUAGAGGGAGGAGUAACAGACUGGGGACAUGAAGUGACAGUUCACACCCAUCAGUCUCACACAGGGCUCCUGAUCAACAGGAGGAGAGAGACCAGUAGACACAGACAGAGAUAGUGACCAUACAGAAAGAGGAGAAAGAGGAGAGAGACCCCAGUGCUGUGGUUGAUUCAUCGAGGCAGGAUGUGGGUCCUCAUCUGGGCAGCUCUACUUCUCUCCCUGACAGAGAGAGCCACAUGCAAACCUCUGACCCAGAAGCCCUCAGUGUUGACUCCUCCUCUGACAGAGGGAGAACCAGCCACUCUGACCUGCACCACCCCGGGGAUCUGCUCUGGAACGCCUCCUAACAUCACAUGGAGAUGGAGAGGGACAGGAGACAACAUCACCGAGCUCAGAGAUAAUACCACCAUACAGAAGAGAGAGGACCUGACUAGCAUCACAACAUCCCACUUCUCAACUUUGACCUUUACCCCCUCAGCUGAGCACCACAACAUGAAGGUUACGUGUCAAGUAACCUUUCAGAAAAAACGUCAAAUUGAAGAGACAGUAACUUUGAAUGUGACAUAUGUGAAAGACCCCCAAAUAACUGGAAAUAAAACAGUGAAGGAGGAUGGUACCCUGGGUCUGACCUGCAGUGUUGACAGUUACCCACCAUCUGACAUCACUUGGAGUAAGAACGGGACAAGUGCCCCACUUCAGAAUUACACUGGAAAUGCCACUCUCACCAUCUCCAAUGUGACAAGAGAACAUGCUGGGGAGUAUGUGUGUACAGCGCAACACCUCAACAGGACUAUGACAGCUUCCACUGUUGUCACUGUGAUGUACCAUCCUGUGAUUCUUCCUGGCUCUGGGUGUGUGGAUCAGGCAGAGGUCAUGACCUGUGUGUGUGUCAGUCAGGGGGUUCCCUUACCCCUCAUAGAGUGGCCGCUGUUGGUGCUCAACACAGAGAACACUACGUCAGUGUUGGGUUCCUCAGUGAACAGCACCCUCAGCCUGCCUGUUAGAAACCACAACAACACCACUGUGGAGUGUGUCAGCAGAAAUGUGGUGGGUGUAGUGAGAGAGAAGUUGCAGGUCACCCAACAUAAGAGCCAAGAAAAUCAAAGAGAGAAGGAACGGGACGGCAUUAUAGCUAUGCUGUCGGACCGAAAACUGAUUAUUGCGUUUGUGAUUGGUGCAGCCCUCUCAGCCACCAUCUGUUGUAUCUUCCUGUGUUUGACAGGGAAAUGUAAAAGACAAAAAGAGAGGAUCCCAAAGGAUUCAGACUCCAAAAGCCCUUUCAUGAACCUGGAGAUGGUGGCAUGUGAAGACCAACAGAUGGAUGCAGGACAGGCUGUGGGGGGCGAACAGACCCCUCUGCAGGGGGUGCUGAGGGAGGGAGCUGAAAAUGGAGGGCCCCAGACCAGUGGAGCCGUGGGAAAAUAUGCCACAGGGGAAGAACCAAAUGAAGUGGACUACGUCAGUAUCAACUACUCCCUACUGAAGAAGAAGACUCCUGAAGAGUCAGAGAAGAAGACCACCCCCACAGAGUCAGAGUACGCCAAAAUCAAACGAGAGAAGAAGAAAGAAGGGGAUGAAGAUGGAGGAGAGGGGAGUGGAGUGAUGGAGGAGGAGAAAGAGAAAGAGAACAGUAAGCCAGCAGCAGAGACAGAUGAGGAUACAGCGCUUUACUCCAACGUCAAGGCUAUUAUGGGCGGUGAGUGACACAGCAAUUUUCGC